AUGCCGCUCCAAGAGUCUCCGGAUCACCCAGAUCAAGCUCCAACCCAUCUAAACAACCUCAUCAAUCGCUUCCGCCCCGACCUAACCCCCUUCGAAGAAACCUACCGCCACAUCCACGCCCACCCAGAACUCUCAGCCCAAGAAGAACAAACCGCCCAGUUAGCAUCCACUCACCUCCAAUCCCUCAACUAUGAAGUCCACACCCACAUCGGCGGCCACGGUGUCGCAGGAAUCCUCCACAACGGGACCGGCCCCGCCGUCCUGCUCCGCGCAGACAUGGACGCCCUCCCCGUAGAAGAAAAGACCGGCCUCCCCUACGCCAGCACCCGAUUCGUCCAGGACGAAGAUGGAGCACGCACCCCUGUCAUGCACGCCUGCGGCCACGACACGCACGUCACAAGUCUCCUCGCAGUAUCUACGCUCCUCCAUGCCGCGCGCGAACACUGGCGCGGGACAUUAAUCGUCGUGUUCCAGCCGUCCGAGGAACAUCUCAAUGGCGCUCAGGCUAUGCUACACGAUGGAUUUUACGAAAAAGUACCACGGCCGGAUAUCGUCCUCGCGCAACAUGUAAUGCGCAUGCGCGCAGGCACGGUAAACAUCCAACCUGGACCGUUACUCACCGCAGCGGACGCAUUUGAUAUUCGCAUCUUCGGACGCGGGGGCCACGGGUCUGCGCCGCAGACGACUAUUGAUCCGAUUUUGAUCGGGGCGGCUGUAGUGAUGCGAUUGCAGGGGAUUGUGUCGAGGGAGGUUGCGCCCGGGGAAGUCGCCGUUGUUUCGUGUGGGAGUAUUCAGGGCGGGAAUUCGGCGAAUACGAUUCCUGAUUAUUUGGAUCUGCAGCUUAGUGUGCGGACGCUCGAGGAUGGGGUGAGGGAGAAGAAGCCGAGGAUUAUUCGGACGGUGUCUUCGCCGGCGACUGUUAAUGAUGAGGUGAGUGUUGGUCGGUUGGGGGAUGUGUUUCGGGAGUAUUUUAGGGAUGCGCUGGUGGGGAUGGAGUCGCCGAGUGCGAGUGAGGAUUUCUCGUUGCUGGCAACGGCUGUUGGGGCGCCGUAUGUGAUGUGGAUGUUUGGGGGUGUGGAAGAGGAGACUUGGGAUGAGGCUGUUGCGAAGGGCACGGUGAAUGAGUUGCCGAGUAAUCAUUCGCCCUAUUUUGCGCCGGUCAUUCAGCCGACUCUGCGGACAGGCGUGGAUGCGAUGGCUCUUGGGGCAUUGACUUUCUUAGGGCGGAAGUGA